GUGAUUGUUCAGAAAGCAGAAAAGCUGCCUGCGAGUCGAGCAAAGGAAGGAAACUGUUUUCCCGGAUGCGCUUUCUGACUGAUAUUUAAUUUAGAGCUUCAUACUUGAUUUCGAAACUUUCUGGUACAGACAACUUUCCGGAUUAGUAAUCCAUGGGAUAUUAAUCAGAAAAUCUUUUAAUCCACCUCAGAAAGCUUGAAUUUGGACCCUCUGAGGAUUUAUUGGUCUAAAAGAGAAACUUAAAACUUUCCAGUAAAAAUGACAUCAGUGCAUUUCAACCCUGGGUUAGAUUCCAAGGAAGUUAAUGGCAGUAAUGGGGUGAAAGAGGAGGCAGAGGUGCAGAUUGAUGACGGAAAGGAAGAGACUGAGGACCCAGACACCAUGUACCAUCGUAUCCGGGAAACUAUAGCUCCUUUUGUGAUGUCUUUUGGUUUUCGUGUUUUUGGCUUGGUACUGAUCAUUGUGGAUAUUAUUCUGGUCAUUGUGGACUUUUCUCUUUCCAACGGUAGUCACGAUGUUAGAAGAGCAAUGGAGUCUGUUUCGCUUGUCAUCUCCUUCUUUUUCCUCAUUGAUGUGCUGCUCCGUGUAUACGUGGAAGGAUUCAAAGUGUAUUUCAGCUCAAUACUGAAUAUAAUAGAUGCGUGUAUUGUGGUUGUUACCCUGGUGGUCACCAUGAUCUACGCAUUCACCGAUCUCUCCGGAGCUAGCCUGAUUCCCAGGGUGGUCACGUUCCUGAGAUCUCUGAGGAUAUUGAUUCUGGUACGUGUCUUCAGACUGGCCUCUCAGAAGAAAGAGCUUGAAAAGGUCACCAGGAGAAUGGUGUCCGAGAACAAAAGACGGUACCAAAAAGAUGGAUUUGAUCUGGACCUCACUUAUGUCACAGAAAGAGUCAUUGCCAUGUCUUUUCCAUCGUCUGGGAAGCAGGCGCUCUAUAGGAACCCAAUCAGAGAGGUCGCUAGAUUCCUGGACACCAAACAUCUGGAUCACUACAAGGUGUUUAACCUCUGUAGUGAGAAGGGUUACGAUCCAAAGUUCUUUCACUAUAGAGUGGAGCGUGUUAUGAUAGAUGACCAUAAUGUGCCGUCACUCCAAGAUAUGCUGCGGUACACGGCCUGUGUUAGGGAGUGGAUGGCAGCAGAGUCCAACAAUGUGAUCGCCAUCCAUUGCAAAGGAGGAAAAGGGCGGACUGGGACUAUGGUGUGCACGUGGCUCAUCGACAGCGAUCAGUUUGAGAGUGCGCAGGAGAGUUUGGACUACUUUGGGGAGAGACGGACUGAUAAAAGUAUGAGUUCGAAGUUCCAGGGUGUUGAAACUCCCUCACAGAGUAGGUACGUCGGUUAUUAUGAGAUCAUGAAGAACCAAUACAACCGUCAGCUACCACCUCAGAAGAGCCUGAAAAUAAAGAGCAUUCGAAUCCACUCCAUCGCAGGUGUAGGGAAGGGGAAUGGGAGCGACCUGAAGGUGAAGAUCAUAGUGAAGCAAGAGCUCGUCUUCCAGUGUGUUUGUGCCAAACAGCAGAACUGUGCGGUGUUUCCUGACACCGGUAGCAAUGCGGUGGUCAUCAGUUUACAGGAAGGGCCUGUUGUGAUUGGAGAUGUGAAGGUCAUGUUUGAGUCCAGUGCUGGUUUGCCAAAGGGUUACGAGGACUGUCCUUUCUAUUUCUGGUUUAACACCUCUUUUGUUGAGAACAACAGCUUGUAUCUCUCGAGGGAGGAGCUGGACAAUCCACACAAAUCAAAGACCUGGGACAUCUACAAGGAGGAGCUGGACAAUCCACACAAAUCAAAGACCUGGGACAUCUACAAGGAGGACUUCGGAGUGACGUUGUAUUUCACAGACCCUUGAGAAGACAAUUCUCUGACAGUGGAUAUUGUUUACUAUUCUUGUCCUUUCGUAUAAGUAGAUAUAUCUCUUGAGGUAUACUUACAAUAAGCUGCAAACUGAAGCCAAUGUAAACACUCCACAUAAAUCUACAGAUAUAUAAGAUUUGAAUGUGAUGUGUAAAAAAUGUCAUUGUAUUUCCAUGGUUGUUUUUGUGUGCAAAAAAUGUAUUGGAAAUUCUUUGUUUUUGUACUGUGGUUCUGUUUAUCCUUGGCAGCAGUUAAAAUUAUUCUGUGAAAGAAAUGAUUCAAAAAAGUAUUUACAUAUCAAACACCUGCUUCCAUGGAAAAUAUGUUUAAAUAUUUGUUGAGUACAUACUGUCAUCAGGCAUGAUCUACUGACUCCUAGUGGUUCUGUCUUGCACUGCGUCACAUUUGAGGAGUGGGAUGCUUGUAUUCAGUGAAACCUAUAAUGUAUUUUCAGCUUGUUCCUAUAAUGUAGCUCUUAUCCACAACAUUUAAAUAGAAAAGAGUCCUUUCUGGUUUAAGUUUUGAAUUCUUUAGAAUAUUUAUAUUUGAUAAAGCUUGGUAACAGAGGUCUACUCUGUAUUUGUAAAUUGAAUGCCAUAUCAAUUAAU